AUGCCGCCAGACAGCGACAAUAUCAUAGUGCAGAUCCCAGAGGCAAGCGGAAACAGCACUAAUACCGCAAUCUAUCUCGAAAAUGAUAUCCAAAUGGGUAUAGAAGAGGACCAGACACCAGCGACCCCAACCCAAACUCAACCUAACCCACCCGAACGACUAGUCCCAAUCAUGAACAAACGACCAGCCCUCUUCUCUCCUGUAUACGACAGAACUGGAAGAAAUCCAUUCCAAAAGAAUGACUCUGAUAAACCAACCGCAAAAGAUCCAGAACAGGCAAUCCAAUGGGCUAGAAACCUGAUCCUCCAAGCCUCUAUUAUGACCAACUCAUAUGAAGAGCAAAACAAGCUACUCGAACUACUAGACGUAUUUAGAGACUACACGGAAAAAGGGAGAGUUACAAACCAGAUCUCGGACAAACUAUCUGCCAAGCUCGCCUUCCACUCAGCUACUCUAGCAAACGCUUCAGAAAAAGCAGCAAAGACAUUAAAGAAGGCAACAGCCACAGUAGCUGGUCAAAACAACCAAACAGUAGCAGUAGCAACAACGACAACAAACACAAAUGCUCCCCAAUCAUACGCAACAAUUGCAGCUCAACCAUCAAAGAACGCCACUUGGACGACUGUAGCCCCAAAGAAAAAGCCAACGCCUAAGAAACUAAUUACGCACUAUCAAAUAGUUGCAACACUAGAGGAAAACCAAACCAUCAACCCGCUCCAAGCACGAAACAAAAUCAACGAGGCAUUCCAAAAAGCUGGCAUUGCAGGACCUGUUAUCCAACUAGCAGCUCUUACGGAUACUCUGGAGAAUUCCUUCUCCAGCAAUCCAACAUCUGGAUGGAUCUCUUUAACAUCAAACACGCUCAACCACUAG